AUGUUUAGAAGCAAAACCUUCUCGAUUGUGCAGUUCAACUUGAAGUACUACCAGGAUGCUCGCAACUUGUCCAAGUUUUCCAAUCAGCUGAAACUGCAAGCGGCUACCUCUAGCUCCAACUGCACGAGCAAACGUCGGGAGAAGCAGCACUCACCGAACAAUCGACAGCAGCAUCAGCAGCACACAUGCCUGCACACUACCUCCUAUCGACGAAAGACCGUCACCGGUGGUAUUCCGGGUGACGGAGGCAAUGGAGUUCGCGGAGGUGGCUUCGGUGGUGAUAAGACCACCAGCACCACCGGCGUGGGCGGCGGCGGCAGCGUCGGUGGAGGAGCCGGCGGCGGUGGUGGCAGCAGCAAGGACAAGAACUUCCUCUGCCCCAACUGCGGCAACAUCUGCACUCAGAUUGAGGAGUUCCUCUCCUCGACUCGCUUCGUCAAGUGCGACAAGUGCGCCCGCUUCUUCGUCAUCCUCUCGGAGAAUGACCUGCACAAGGGCGCCUCCACCGAGAAGUUCAACAUUCAGCGUAAUCCACCGCCGCCAAAGAAGAUUUACGAGUACCUCGACAAGCGAGUUAUCGGUCAGAAUGACGCGAAGAAGGUGCUCGCCGUGGCGGUGUACAACCACUACAAGCGCAUCAACCACAACAUACUGUCCAACUCGGCGGCGGCGGGCAAUGGCUCUCGCAAUGGCAAUGGCGGCGGCGGUGCCUCACUGGCCGACUCGGCCACCAGCGAGACGAAGAUAAUCAACGGCAGAGACGAGUUCAUCAACAUUCCCAGUCCCAACUCGAUUGGCAUUCACCUGCAGAACUUUCAGUCGGCGCAGGAGGCGCUGCACCAGCAAGGUGGCCCACAGGGAAGUGACGGAAAGCCUUCUAACAGCGGCCCCAACUCGCAGCGCGGCAGCUUCCUCCUCGAGGCGAAUGAGCUGGACAUCAAGCUGGAGAAGUCGAACAUCCUCCUGCUGGGGCCGACGGGCAGCGGGAAGACGCUGCUGGCGCAGACGAUCGCCGUCUGCCUGGACGUCCCCUUCGCCAUCUGUGAUUGCACCACGCUGACGCAGGCGGGCUACGUCGGCGAGGACAUCGAGUCGAUCAUAGCGAAGCUGCUGCAGGACGCCAACUUCAACGUGGAGAAGGCGCAGCAGGGCAUCGUCUUUCUGGACGAGGUGGACAAGAUCGGCGCCGUGCCGGGCAUUCACCAGCUGCGCGACGUCGGAGGGGAGGGCGUGCAGCAGGGCAUGCUGAAGAUGCUGGAAGGGACGGCGGUGACGAUUCCGGAGCGCAACUCGCGGAAGAUGAGGGGCGAGCCGAUUGUGGUGGACACGACGAACAUUCUCUUCAUCGCCUCGGGCGCCUUCAACGGCCUGGACCGCAUCGUCAGCCGUCGGAAGAAUGAGAAGUACCUCGGCUUUGGCGCCAGCUCCAGCGGACAGGGCCAGGGCCGACGGGCGGCGGCCGCCUCCGAUGUGGCGGAGAACUACGCCGCCAGCAACAGCACCGGCGCCGGCGGUGACAUCUCCGCCCUGGAGGAGGACAUUGCCGAGCGAGAUGGGCUGCUGGGGGCGGUGGAGUCGCGCGACCUGAUUGAGUUUGGCAUGAUCCCCGAGUUUGUGGGUCGCUUCCCGGUGGUGGUGCCCUUUCACUCGCUCUCUCAGUCGAUGCUGGUGCAGAUUCUCACCGAGCCGAAGAACGCCCUGGUGACGCAGUACCAGAAGCUCUUUCUCAUGGACAACGUCGAGCUGACCUUUGAGGGGGCGGCGCUGCAGAGAAUAGCCAAGGUGGCCAUGGAGCGCAAAACGGGCGCUCGCGGACUGCGAGCCAUUCUGGAGAACAUCCUCCUCGAGCCGAUGUUUGAGAUUCCCGGCACCAGCAUUCGCAAGGUGAACAUCACCGAGGAGGUG